UUUUACGGCGCUGUGAGUCAAAGGCGUAGCUAGUAAACACCACAGCCGGACAUCCGAGGCCGAAAACACCGACUAAUUAAAGCCGUGUCCCGGUUCGUGUGAAGCCUAUCGGUGUGUUCGGUUCUCCCGGUGCCGUCCGCCGUUGUCAUAGUGUCUGUCAGCGUCCAGCACGACAGAACCGUCAGGGCGUUAGCCAGCCAGUUAGCGAGCUAGCAUAGCAAUCCAGCCGUAGCAGCAACAUCACCCGUAGAUAGCGUUAGCAUUAGCAGCAGAAGACAAAGAUGAUAGCGCUCAUCAACAAGCUGCUGGACUGGUUCAAGGCGCUCUUCUGGAAGGAGGAGAUGGAGCUGACCCUAGUGGGGCUGCAGUACUCGGGGAAGACGACCUUCGUUAAUGUGAUAGCGUCUGGCCAGUUCAGUGAAGACAUGAUUCCUACAGUCGGAUUCAACAUGAGGAAGAUCACUAAAGGCAACGUCACCAUCAAGUUGUGGGACAUCGGCGGUCAGCCUCGGUUCAGGAGCAUGUGGGAGCGUUACUGUCGAGGAGUCAGCGCUAUCGUGUACAUGGUGGACGCAGCAGACCCAGAGAAGAUUGAAGCCUCCAAGAAUGAACUCCACAACCUGCUGGACAAACCGCAGCUGCAGGGAAUUCCUGUUUUGGUUCUGGGAAACAAGCGAGACCUACCAGGAGCUCUGGAUGAGAAGGAGCUCAUAGAGAGGAUGAACCUGUCGGCCAUCCAGGACAGAGAGAUCUGCUGCUACUCCAUCUCCUGCAAGGAGAAAGACAACAUCGACAUCACUCUUCAGUGGUUGAUCCAACACUCCAGGACUAAGAGGAGUUCCUGAGAAAUGACACACUCUCAACAGUACAGGCCAAGCCCACCUACCCCCAAUACCCCCCCACUACCCUGUCUGUCAUCUACCCCGUCUUAAUACCACCCGACCUCCAGUUACCCUCACCCCCGACUCCGUCAGAUGCACCGAUACCUCUUUGUUUUUUGAUGAAGUAUCAAAGCAGGUUGAACAAACCAAAGCCUCACGUAGGGAACACAUUUAACCUCCAUCAAUCCAAGCAGGGGUCAAAGGUUAUCAUGAAGGUUUCUUGUGUGAUAUUCAGACACAGAUUGGAGGUUGAGAAUUCAUCAAAUAUCACAUUUUUAGAUGUUUUUAUAGGUAUUGUUAGUUAUAUCCUAGUAGGACAAUAAUCCAACUUCAACACACGAGAUCUUUGAGGUAGAAAAAACGGUAACAUCUGAUCACAAUCAUUUUUAACAAACAUCUGAUUUUAUAAGUCUUUGAGAGACCGGGCGAUGUGACAAUUAACAACCUGCUCGUGUCUGUCUUUGUCUCAGCAGACCGCCUUUAGCUUAAACAUUAUGGCUGCAGAUUUGUGUACGCGCAGUGCAGGUCCAUAAAAAUCAAAGCAUUACCUGAUUUAAAUCUGGCCGAUCUAACGAUGAAGAUCAUCGAGUCCUCCGGAUCGUUUUCAGUGUGGCUGCUGUUUUUUGUGCUUUUGUCUCUGCGAUGGACUUCGGGGGCCUCCGGGAUGUUUUGGGCCCUCCCAGAUUUUGGGAAGUGGAAAAAGUUUGAAGAAGGCAAAUUUGGCGAGUGGUCCAGGUGGUGGUUGUGUUGACAAAAAUAAAUCCUCUGUUUCGAGAUGCUACGAGCUGGUACGAGAUUACGCUUAAGCACGACAUCAUACUUUUUCCUC